AUGGCCAUAUUGCCUUUGAGCAUAGCUUUGAAACAAAUCAGGCACGACAGCGACUUCAAGCCAGACCACAUCUUGAGAAUCACCGCAGAGAACAUCACGGUCGCGUGUAGAACGAGGCUUUCUGCUGUCGUCAAUGGAACGAUCCCUGGACCUGCUCUUUAUUUGAGGGAGAAUCAGACCACUUGGAUUAGGGUAUAUAACGAUUUACACUCCGACAAUGCAACAAUACACUGGCAUGGUUUGAGCCAGUCCGUCGCACCGUGGGCAGACGGAACACCCCAAGCAAGUCAGUGGCCCAUCAAAGCACAACAUUUCUUCGACUACGAACUUCGACCUCGAAUUGGUGAAGCCGGCACUUAUUUUUAUCACUCUCAUGUCGGGUUUCAAGCAGUUUCUGCCUCCGGGCCACUGAUUGUGGACGAAGCGGAUGGAAACAUUCCCUACAAAUAUGACGAGGAGCGGACGUUGUUUUUGUCGGAACUGUUCAAUAAUACCGAUAAAACGAUUGAACAAGGACUUACUGCUUCAUUGGCACAUUUCUUAUGGCCGGGUGAAUCCGAAUCAAUCCUUGUCAAUGGAAAUGGGUUUUCAGCACUCCUCGGAAACGGAACGAGUGCAAGCAUGCCUCCUGAGGAUGCACCGUCGAACAGCAGCGACGAAAAAUGUCAUCCUGAAAUUAUCCAAGUCGAGGCAAACAAGACAUACCGUUUCCGAGCCAUCGGAGGAGUGGCAUUGAGCCCAUUAGCCUUUGCUUUUGAAGAUCAUGACAAUUUAACCAUUAUCGCCGCCGAUUCCUCGUAUACGCAACGGACCGAAACAGAUGUCAUACAAAUGGCCGCAGGACAACGGUAUGACUUUUUACUUCAUACCAAGACAGAGGAAGAACUACAAGCUAUUGGAAAAACCGAGUUCUGGCUCCAGAUUGAAACGAGGUAUCGUGAAUUAAACGAUACUUUUUACGCAGUUCUAUCAUAUGCCCAAAACAACGCCAGCACUAUAUCAUCAUCACCCCCUACUCAACCUCCGGUAUCAAUACCUUAUUUCUUGCAAGAUUGGUUGGAGUAUACACUGGAACCGUUGAUGCCAAACAACUUUCCAGGCUCUGAUCAAGUAAGUCGCCAAGUGAUUAUGAAUGCCGCCCAAUUGAACGUUGAUUCUGGACAAUACUGGACUAUCAAUAACCACACGUGGACCGAAACUAAUCAGCACGAAGGGGACACUCCAUUCAAUGACACCACCCCAACUGCUGAUACUCCAUACCUAGUGAAUGUGUAUAAGGAGGGCGAGCGAGCCAUUCCAGACUACCAAAAGGCUAUCCAGAAUAACGGAUGGGAUCCUGAACUCAACGUAUUUGCAGCUGAAAUUGGCGAGAUAGUUGAUAUAAUUCUUGUGAAUGAGCCCGCUGGUGUUGUUGGUGGAUACGACGCGCAUCCAUUCCAUUUUCAUGGAGCUCACGUAUGGGACAUGGGAAGUGGAUCGGGCAUAUACAACGCUACAGCUAAUGAGGAGAGAUUGAAGGACUAUAAUCCCAUCGUUCGAGACACGAGCCUAUUAUUCAAGUAUGGUGACCCGCAUUACGGAGACGGCCGUAAUUAUACUAGUCAAGGAUGGAGAGCUUGGAGGUUAAAAGUGACUGACCCUGGGUAA